CUCCUGACUCGCAGGUCCAGUCUACAGGUGUUUCGGGAUGCGUUCGCCCUACAUGGGAUGUGAGCGGCUUGACUGCCCCAGGCCGCGCGUUGGCACCCGCAUGAGUGCAAGGGGGCCUAUCGGUUCGCCAUUGCUGGAUGGCGGGCUGGUGCCAAUGUCGCCCGCGGCUACCACAACGUCGGCCACUGCUCUGCUCGAGGAGGAUUUGAGACUAGAGGAGGAGGCAGUGGCCUUCUUGAAGACACAAACAAGACAACUAGAGAGACUGACGCAGGAGAACAAUCGGUGGGUCGGUUGGAGAGAGGGGGACACACGCAACGCACAGCCCAGUGCAAUCAUUGUCUGCAGUCAGUGCAUUCAUUGCAUUGUCUGUCGUUUGCACUGAGUGGGUCAAUGCAGCAAGGAUGCGCUGGUGAAGCAGCUGAAGGACCAGGUAGAGGAGCAGAAGCAGAGUCGGGAGGAGGUGGCUGAGGUGUAUUCCCAGCUGCGGGAGCUCGAGGGCCGGGUGCGGUCGAGGGAGGAAAUGCAGGCCAAACGCGAGGGCGAGUUGGCUGCUAGAAUUGAACACCUCACGGUCAGGAUGGGAUGCACUGGUCUGGUCUGCACUGGACUGGGAGGGAGGGAGGGCAUCCUGACCACUUCGAGAGCAUGCAUGUUGUGUGUGUGGUGUGUGUGUGCAGCGUGUUGAGCAGUACCUGAAGGAGACCAAUCGCGACCUGCAAAGAGACUUGGAGGUCAGGCGCUCACUUACCUGCAGCAUUGGUGUUGGUGUUGGUAUGUGUUGAUUCACGUGUUGUGUUCAUUCAGACGAGCCAGGGGCGGCUGGAGGAGAGUGACAACGAGCUGGCGGCCUGCAAAGACCUCCUCAGGUCAGACAAGGCACGCAUGGGCUGGGCUCUUGUGUCGGCACCUCCCUGCAGCUGUGCUGUCUGUCUGUGUGUAUGUGUCUUGUCAAUGAAUGAAUGCACCGACCGCCAGGCGUUCAGAAGCGACGAAGCAGUCUGUGCUGAGUCAGCAGGAGACCGCCAAGCAGGCGUAUGAGGAGGACCUCAACGCUCUCAGAAAGGAGGUCUGCACACUCAAACAGGACAAAGCAAAAGGUACGUACGUGGGGCUGGCGCAACGAUGGAUGGACGGAUGCAUGCGUAUGUGUGUGUCGUUGUGUGCAUCCAUCAGGUUUGGCUGAGGAGGAGGUUCGUCGUUUGCGCGCUGAGAUCAACACCGCGAGGCAGGAAUCGGACCAGAGGCUCUACAAGUAAGCGCCGCACACGUGCAACGGACACAUGCCACCCUACGUAUGCUUGUGCGUGUGUGUGUGUGUUGUGUUGUGUUGUGUUUGGUGGCUGGCCAUGCAGUGUGUCCGUGUUGGAGGAGAAGUGUGCUCUACUGCAGAAGGCCAAGGAAGAAGCAGACGAACGGGUCAGCCAGUCGGCCACCAUACAUAUGUGCCUGCAUUGAUCCAUGCAUCCAUCCACUCAUGUGUUUGUUGAUCUAUCUGCAGGUGUCUUACAUGAAGACUCGCUACCGUGAGCUGGAGCAGCAAGUCGACACCAAACUCAACGCCAGAAGGGCACAGCAACAGGAGGUACAUACGCCAACCACUCCCACGCACUCCUGCGUCUGUCAUGCGCACCAUGACGUGGAUGGCUGCAUUGCAUUGAUGGCCCCCCGCAGUUGGAGCGUUGGAAGGAGUCUGCAGCGCACCUGCAGGCAGAGGUCAUGCGCAAGGAAGACAUCAUGGCGCAAAACCUCGCAAGGGUACGCACACGUGAGUCCGUGCAUUGCAUUAUACUCACACACACCACUGGCUAUGUAUGUGUACCAUCCAUCCAAUGUGCGUAGGCCGAGCGCAAAGAGGCCGACCUUCAGAAGGAAAUGUCAAACCUCCGGGUGAGCCGAGCCAAACUGAACAAACGACCGAGCGCACACACGGCAUUGACACACACCUGUCUGUCUGUGCUCAUGCAUAUUGGUCAGACUAAGAAUUCUGAGCUGGAGCGCGAGUUGGUGCGUUGCUGGAAUGAGGUGCACAAGUUGACUGACGCCCAGGAGGAGGAGAGGCGAUGCCGAAGAGAACAGGAGCUAUACCUCAGAAGGAAGAACGAACUCCUGCAGGCAACCAACCAACAGAACCACCCAAACAGACAGACACAGACGCCCACACACACAUAAACACAAACAUGUCAUGCAUCUCUUCUUCUCUCCGCAGCGUCGUUUUGAGGCCGAGAACGAGCUCAAGGCAGCGGUUGGCGGAGCUUUGUCGGUGGCUGGUGUCAAGCCAACCAUGUCAUUCGACAAUCUGCCCCAUCCGCCCCACUCGGCAAGACCAAGAAUAGGUGGUCAGACACAGACACAGCCUCUCCCCCAGUCGGCGAGACGAGUCGAGGAAGAGGAGAGGGAUAUGGGCGGCGACGAGGCGGUCCUGCCCCAACCUGCAGCUAGACCCGAGGGCGGCGGAGGGAAUGGCAAUGGCCACAGUACGAGGGGGAAAAAUGGUGGUUGCGGCGGUGAGGGCGGCGGAGGUGGAGAGGGGAGGGUGGAGGGGGACACGGAGAGGGCGGGGGAGCAGAGAGAAGACUGACUGUUUCCAUUAUAUAGUUAAUGGGUACGUGUGAUAUAUCUAUUUGGUAUCUGUCUGCCUUGACAUGAGGGCCUCAUGUGAGGGAGGGAUGGCAACUGAUUGACACUGUGUGUGUGUGGGGGGGGGGUGUUUGUCCAUACUCAUUCAUUCAUGUUGGACGGACGUCGUUUCAUGCAUAUUCAUUAUCC